GAAGCUAGAUGGGGGGUGUUGGCUGCUGCUGUGUGUUUUUGUGUCUGACCCUCUGACUGCCAUUGGAUGAGCUCUGCGGUAGGGGGUGUGUUCAGACUCACAGUAUAGCGCUUGUUAUGAGAGCCUUCUGCCGUCCCCUUCCACAAACCUCAGUAACAACCAUAUCCCAGCCUCCGAGGCUGAGUGUGUGUGUGUAUGUGUGUGUUUUUAGGGGAGUGAGGAGUGCCUCCGUUGCAGCUGGUUGCGGCUUCCUUACUGUGCUGGAUUUCCUUGAAGGUCUGCCUCACCUCUGCAGUGCCCCCCAGAGACUGAGGUUUUCAGUGUUUACAACAGAUUUCACCCAUGAUACUGCAAAAUCAGAAAUAAUGGACAAGAAAAGUGCAAAUGGCUUUCUUUCCAAGGCCACAGAUAGUGGAGUACAGCGUAAACAGCUGCCAUAUUCUGUAGAGACCCCCUAUGGGUUUCACUUGGAUCUGGACUUCCUCAAGUUUGUAGAUGACAUAGAGAAAGGGAACACAAUCAAGAGGGUGUACAUCCAGCGUAAGAACAGGGGCCCAAAGUAUAGCACCCUGCCACGUAACUUCAGCCUUCCUGGGCAUGGCGCUCGACCUCUAGCCAAAGACACAUGGGCCAAUACUUCCACUUUAGGGUCCAAACCUAAGUCACGUGUUACUGAAGUCCAGCAGCUUUUUGAGUUCCGAGCCAGUGAUGCCACUAGUGGAAGCAGUAGCACCAGUGGAAGCUCCCAUGCCAGCCAAUCAAAGAUGCCUGGGAGUAGUUACCUCCCCUCACCAAAGGCAGCUGCGCAGUCUCGAGAACAGACCUCAUCUGAGAAUGAACAGCCCGUGAGCCUCAAUGUUAGGCCUCACCUGUUAAGAGCCUCCAGCAUGCCCAUUAAUGUCCCACGUAGGAAAGGAUCAGAUUCAACUGAUGAGCAGAGUUCCCAAUCACAGAACAGCUCAGCUGAGAGGCUUUUUCAACCAAUGGAUGGAGUUGACAGGAGAGGCAGUGUUCCCCAGGAGAGGGCCAGCUUGCAUCAACAAAUCACAGCUGCGCUGAAAAGGGUGCGUGAGUUAGAAGAGCAAGUCAGGACCAUUCCUGAGUUGAGGUCUCAAAUAUGCUCUCUUAGAACAGAGAGAGAGGAAAUGCUUCAAAGAAUUCGAGAACACAAGUCCAAGCAUAAGAGUGCGGUUCCUCAAACCGAUGCGCCAGUUCUUCCAGUUGUAAGUGAAAAGAAAGAAGCUCCUUUCAUUUACAAGGAUACUGCAGCUGAUCAGGAAAUUGUUCAAGUAGUACAGUCCAACGAAAACACAGAACAACAGUCAGGGGAUCAAAAUCUUGUGGUGCAGGAUAUUGUAGAAACCAAUAAACCAGUGACUGAUACAGAGUCAGAGAAGGAACAAGUACCAGCUCCAGUGUCUGUUCCAGUAAUACUCAUAGAGAAAGCAGAAACUCCAACUGAUCCAGAUGAAGCAGAGGGAUUAUUGCAGGAGUCUACACUUCAAGAAGAAGUAUCAAAGAGUAUUUCAGAGCAAGCAGAAAAGCAGGAUAGAUCAUCAGAGACAUUAUUAGAAGAAAAAGAGUCAACACAGCUACAAGGGAUUUCAAAAUCAGAGGAAUCAGUUGCUACAUCUAUAUUUACAUCCACUCAAGAAGAUAAUGUGACUGUUGAGGGACAGAGUAUAAUUGCAACUAAAGAAAAUACAACAGCCCAACCUUCUGAACAGAAUCUUCUCACUAACCUUGAGCUGGAAGCAAAACUGAAAAAUUUGGAAGAGAGUCUAAGCAAGGCCAGUUGUGAACUGGAAAGGACAAAUGCCUUACUGAGAGAGCAGAUGGAUGAGAAUAGGCAAAAGGAUGAGAGAAUACAGGAACUGAUUGAUCAAGUGAAAGAGCAGAAACUUCAAGGUCCUAUCGAGCCAGAGCUGCUAUCUGAACCAGUUGUCACAUGUGAUGCAUCGGUCAGUACAGACAGCAAAAGUGUCCAGGAGAAAGGAAUCUCAACAGAACCUCAACCAGCUGAGGGUCCCAAAGAAACAGACUCUAAAUGCUCGAGCACUCAGACAUAUAUAGUGGAAGCUCGAGACAUUGAAGUAUUAGCACAAGUCACUACAGCAGACAAAAUUGUAGGGGUAGAGAUUGUCAUGUGUGACCAGGCAUUGGAGACUGUAGUCCAGGAUAAAGAAGGUAACAGUUAUCAGGAAAUCUCUGAAAUGUUAGAGAAGACAGAUUCUGUAAAAGACAAAGAACAAGAGAGUGAUAUCAAAGAUAUUGUGUCAAGUCAGAUUAUAGAUACCAAAGUCAGUGAAAUUGUUGUUAUAGAGAGUGACACUGAAGAAUAUGUCAUGGUAGAAAGUGCCAUGGUUGAGACUAUGGGAAUUGAAAAGGAAGUCACUAAGCCCACAGUCCUAGAGACUGAACCUCAGGAGAGUCCAGUUGCUGAAAGCACAGAAACAGACAAAGCAAAAGAAGAAAGAAGUUCAGGUUUGCAAUCACAGCUAGAACCAAUAGAAACACAAGGACAGGAACCCCACCUUCAGUCUCAAAGGGCAUCCGAAGCCACAACUUCUCCUGCUGCAAUCGGUCAGGUUGUUAAUCGUAUACAGGGCCUUCUUAAUGAGCAGUGGGCCAGUCUGGGAAGUGGUGGCCAAGACGCAAAAGGAGAGAGCUCUCAGAAACCUCAUUCUUCCAAAAUAAGCUCAAUUCAAAGCCAUUUGAGAGGGUCCCUUAGUGCCCUGUCUGCCUUUUACUCACCUGUUCAGAAAGGAGGGGCUGCACGACAAUCAGGCCUCAAAUCUAUCAUGAAGAAGAAUGACCGUCCUGACAAGCAGGGCAAUGGUGGAGCGAAGAAGAACUUGAAGUUUGUUGGCGUAAAUGGAGGCUAUGAGACCACCUCCAGUGAGGACUCCACUGGGGAGGAGGAUCAGGACGAGGUUGAGGAGGUGGAUAGCUCGGAGCCUGAGGUGGAGCAGGGAGAGGAGAGUGAAACGGCCCAGGACGAGGCUGCUGCUACUGGGGAGCAAAGUGAUGGGGUUCAGGCAGAGGUGGCAGAGGGCCCUAAAGAGCCUGAUGCUGCACGGUCCACCACGAGACCCCAGGAGGAGCAGCCUGCCAGUGAGUUAGUUGAUAAGAACUUCAUGGCUGCUUGUCAUUUCCUGAAGGAUCGCAUGGCUGAGGUUGCCGCCCCAAAUAAAGACAUGAGGCAGGUUCUGAUGGUGUUAUAUCAGGAGUGGUUCCGCGUGUCCAGUCAGAAGGAAUCUCAGGCAGAGACAGUCACGCUGUACCUGAGGGAGGUGGGCUACCACACACCCACCCUGCUGCGCUAUAUAGUAAACCUGGCUGAUGGUAAUGGAAACAUGGCCCUGCACUACAGUGUGUCCCACUCCAACUUCUGUGUGGUAAAGCUGUUACUAGACACAGGACUGUGUGAGGUGGAUCACCAGAACAAGGCCGGCUACACUGCUAUAAUGUUGGCAGCUCUUACUGCGGCAGAGAGUCCUGAGGACAUGGAGGUGGCUCAGCAGCUACUGAGAAUGGGCAAAAUCAAUGCUCGAGCCAGCCAGUCAGGGCAAACAGCACUGAUGCUUGCAGUUAGUCAUGGCCGGACAAUGAUGGUCCAGGUUCUUCUGGACUGCGGUGCUGAUGUGAACAUACAGGACCGGGAUGGAUCCACUGCUCUGAUGUGUGCCUGUGAGCAUGGCCAUACUGAAAUAGUCAGAAUACUACUGGACAGACCAGAGUGUGACAUAUCACUCACAGAUAAGGAUGCACACACAGCUCUGUCAGUAGCCAUGAAGGCUUCCCACUCUGAGAUUGUUGAACUUCUGAAAGCUCGUGCUGAUCCAGCCACGGUCACAGAUCCUACAGCUCCACUCUGAGCCCAAAGGCCUUGUCUUCAUGUCCAACUGGUUCUGCCAGAUUCAUCUUUCUACUGCCUCAACCUGACUCGUUGACCAAGCCAGCAGUCAACAAUAGAGAGACAGCACUUAUCAGUAAUUUGCAGAUUCUCUGUACGAGAAAUGGGUAAUGUACUUCGGUAUGCCAAUCAAAGAUGCCAUGGAGUGUGGGCUGCCCUAAAGUCCCCAGAAGGUCCCCAUUUGUCCUGAAGAACAGCUACUGUAGCUAUUUAACAGACAUGGUACACUGUUACAUGUUUUGGCCUUCUAUUUUCAGGUAAUGUGACUAUAUUUUUGUUAGGCGACAAAGUGUAAUCUACGAAUGUUAUUAAAGAAGUUAUCAGAUACACACAAUGUUUAUUUUUGAUUGCACUUUUCUGUAAUAUUUCCCCUGAGAUGUAUCCAAGGUCUGUCUUAUUAUAACCUGAUGUGUCUUCCUAUUUGAGGGUUUAUGGGCCAGGCCCAGUACUGAACCAUUCCUUGUCUUUACAGGUGGAACAGGGAAAGGGGUUUUACAGUCACACAGUUGUGAUGCCAGUAUGUCUCCCUUAGUAUCUUUAAACCCCAAGAAAGAGCCAAGCACUGAAAAAGGAAAGAACUUGAAUUGUGAUUUACAGUAGAAGCUUGCUUUAAUUAUUUAAUUACUUUAAGGAGUAGUUCACCCAAAAAUGAAAAUAUGCUGUCAAUGUACUCAUCCAAUAUGUAGAUCAGUAUUUUCUUAAUUGGAACGGAUUUAGAGAAAUUUAGCAAUACACUGUACAUUACUUGCUCACUUCACUUCCGCAGUGAAUGGGUGCCGUCAGAAUGAGAGUUCAAAUAAUCCACAUGACUCCAGUGCAUCAGUUAACUGUUGAUCAAUGAUGUGUGUUUGUAAUAAACGCAUCUAUCAUAAAGAUGUUUUUAACUUCAAACCAGUGAAUACGUUUCGUCUGAAUCAGGAGAGAAAUAUGCCCACAAGCAACAGCAAUGCAAAAGAGUUCUAAACAAAUAUGUCUGAUGUGAGAGGACAACAGGGGAUGGACUUUUUCACAGGAGGAAUUGUGUAUUAUGGAAUUAUUGUGUAUUAUGGACUUGUAUUUGGCCAGAAGCAAUGUUUUAAAGUUAAAAUGUCUUGAUGGAUGGAUUUGUUUCAUACCUUUUUGCUUCACAAGACAUUAGAUGGUGGACAUUUACUUUUUUUUUAAUUUCAAUUAGCUGUUCUCAUUCUGACGGCACCCAUUCACUACAGAAGAUCCAUUGGUGAGGAAGUAAUGCAAAUGUUUUUUCAAAUCUGUUCUGAUGAAGAAACAAAUUCACAUACAUUAAUGAUGAGCAUAUUUUCAACAAAUGUUUAUUUUUGGCUGACAUAUUCUUUUAAUAUUUUUUUUUUUUUGUAAAAUAACAUCUGAAUGGUUUAAAAUGUUUUAUCUGUCUUAUUGUUCUCUUCGCUCAAGGAAAAGGGGGUGUGGAAUAUUUCAUAACUUCAGUGACAAAAUAUUAUAGCAAUCAGGCCUGAGUUGUCCUUUAUAAUUUAUUCACUGUCAAAGUUUACCAUAUACUCUAACCUGCUGCAAUAUUAACCUCUCUACAAUUUCUAAUCCUGCAAAUUGUUUGAGUUUUCAAGUUUCCCUUCAGACAGAAUUAAGCAGCACAUAAUAAUGGACUGGACUGUAGUUGCAUUAUCUGUACAUUGUGCCUGCUUAAAAUAAACACUUCACCAGAUGUUAUGAACAGAUGUUUAAUGACAAAUCAAUAAGUCGCUGGACAAAGUAUAAACCUAUAUAUGUAUACUGUGCAACAGUAUCUUGUAGGAGGUGCUGUGAAUUAUUACCCUGAAAUGUAAUCACUAUUUAUUUCCAAUUCUAUAUUUUUGAGUAUAUACAAGCAUACAGUAUGCAUGGAUCAAAUAUUGACCUAAUAAAAACAUGCAUUUUGUA